AAAAGUGCUACAGGUACAAGGAAGUAUUUACAACGAGGCCGGCGUCAAAUGUUGAUAAAAAGGAAGCACCAACUAGAUAAUAAUAACUUAAAGAACUUCCAUCAAAGACUAGAAGUACAACGAACUACCACAUACAAGUAGAAGUAGAACCCCAAACCCAACAUCAAGAUGAAGGGUGACUCGGCCGCUGCAAAGAUAGUGCCAGUGAUCGUGGCUGCGCGACGAUCUCCUAUAGGCAAAUUCAAUGGGUCGCUUCGAGGCUUUUCGGCGUCGCAAAUCGGCUCUCUCAUCUUGAAACAGUGCCUCGCGGACUUACCCAAAGGGUCCGAAGUUAAGAGAGUCUUCUUGUACUUAACUGCUACUUCUGAUGAUCCUGAUGUUUCUCCAGAGGAUCACCUGGAGGAACAUCAGGAUCAGCUACAUUUAGCUCCUGUUUUCAUCACAAGGGGAUCUAAUCUCUGAGCAAUAGACGAAGUGAUAAUUGGCCAAGUUCUGACUGCAGGUUGCGGCCAGAACCCGGCAAGACAGACAGCGAUUAUGGCUGGCUUACCCGAGCAAACGCCUAGCUUCACCAUCAACAAGGUCUGCGGAAGCGGUCUGAAAGCGAUUCAUUUGGGUAUGCAGGCGAUCUUGACAGGCGAAGCAACUAUGGUAGCCUGCGGGGGUCAGGAGAACAUGUCGCAGGCACCCCACUUCGUCGCAGGAAAGACCUCAAGGCUAGGACAAAAAAUGGGAGACGUGAAAAUGCAGGACACCAUGCUGGUCGAUGGACUCACAUGCGCUUUUAACCAGUAAUCAAAAUUUAGAUAAGUAUGCUAAUGCUUAGAUAAACUAUGGCCGUCUUCUUUCUUUUAGGUCCAGAUUCCGUUUCCGUCGACAUGCUUCUAUGUCUUCGUGUACCUCCGAUGAGAUUACUGCUGAGACGCGAUGAUGUUGAUGGCAUCUUCGACGAAAUAAGGCAUUAAUUGUAAUAUCUCUACUUUGAAAUAUUUAAUGGUCACCAACUACCUAUACCUUUUUCUUAUCUUGCCUUCCAUUUCAAUGAAUCGUCUCCACCAGAGCAGGUAUCACAUGGGCAUUACGGCUGAGAACGUGGCGAAAAAACAUAGCUUGUCAAGGGAGGAGCAGGAUAACUUCGCCCUGGCUUCACAGAAGAAAGCCAUCAAAGCCAAGAGCGAGAAGAAAUUCGUAGAGCAGACUGUCAAGAUAGGAAACCUGCUCGAAGACGAAUACAUAAACGAGAAAAGUAGUCCAGAAGGCCUCCAAAAGUUGAAGCCGGCGUUUGCGAAAGGUACAACUUGUACGUGAUGUUCUUGCUCGAGUGUAAUUAUGCUAGAGAAGGUGACCACCACGGACGACGACGAGUCCCAGGGUACAACUUGAAGUUCAAGUGAAAAUAGAGAAGAGCACCACGUUGGAGUGCCCAGAAGGAGGACUCUAUAUCUAAAAAUUGAUUCAUCUACUUUGUCUUUGUGAUGAUGAUGAAAUUUUUAGUCUUAUCUUCCUAACGCUAACCUCCGUAACUCAGGUGGAACCGUUACAGCUGGCAACGCCAGUGGUUUGAACGAUGGAGCAGCGUUCGUUAUCCUGACGACGCUAGAAAAGUUAAGACUGCCGCUCAAGCAUCGUGAUCCUCCGCACCUCGUCAGCGUUUCUACUUGAAAAAGAAGCAGCAGCACCACUUUCCAACUAGGAUACUAUAGUAAAUUACUCUCAAAGAGGAAGAUGCAGGUGCAGCUAAUGCGGAGGUAGCUCUAAAAAAGGCAAGAGAGAUGGGAUGUCCGAUUCUAGCUUCUUGCAAGGCCUUCGCAUCCGCGGGCCUGGAUCCUAAGGUAUGAAGUGGGACUCGUUUUGCUCCUGCAGUUGUUUUCAGUCAUUGAACUUUAUACUAAGUAAACAGAAUCCGCUUCCGGGUACUAGGUACUUGAAACAAAUUGAUUCAACAUCUCCUAGUACAUUUACGUUUACCACCAUGUACUAGUACUUGUUGUCACGACGAACCAAUGAACAAAGUAGGCAGAUGAUCAUGAUGACAUUUUUUUUCUUCCCCAUCCCCCUAACUCUUGUGAUGGGCCUCGGUCCUGUACCAGCGUCCCGCAAGUGCCUGCAACGUGCAGGCUGGUCAAUCGGCGAUGUGGAUUUGAUUGAGAGCAACGAAGCCUUUGCGAGUCAAAGCUUAGGCGUUGCAAAGGAGUUGGGCUUUGACCUCACGAAAGUCAACUUAUGGGGGCUGGCGAUCAUCUGAUAGAAGAGAUAACUUUAGAAUCGAUAUACUAGUUUCUUAAUAGAUGAUGAUCUGGUGACUGGUGCACAAGAAGUAAUGGAAGUUGAUGUAAAUUAUAAUCAUGAAGAGCAUUAGCAUUAGGUGACUUAUUUGAAGAGAAGUACGAUCUCGAUCAUGUAAGUAUACAACUACCUGUACUAGUUAUUAAACGUGUCUGAAGUCUGUAAAUCUUCAUCUGCAUCGUCAUUGUCUGAGAAACACGAGGAGAAAGUCUUGUUACUCUUGUUGUUCUUCGUUCUACAAACUGAGGAGCUUGAUGUCGUGAGAGUACUACACAAGAGUUGUAUUAAAUGAACAUGAAACACGAGCAGUCCUCUAACGAUUGUGAAUGGCGGAGCCAUUGCUUUGGGUCACCCGAUCGGUGCCAGUGGAACCCGUAUCCUCGUAGACCUGCUCUACGAGAUGCAGCGACGCAACGUGAAAAAAGGUCUAGCGACCAUGUGCAUUGGCGGAGGUCAGGGAGUCGCCUUGGCGGUCGAGCGCACUACGGCAGAGGCAAAGCUUUGAAGAUGCACAAGGUGUAGUUACCUUUUGCUACUUACUCCCACGUAUUUGUAGUUCUUUUCGCUGCUUCAUUUUCCAGCAACUCUCAGCCUCUGGAAGAGCACUUGCACACAGGCAGCUGAUGAUGCUACAAAAAAUUAACUGACCACGAGCUGCUAAGGUUUUUCCAGAAAAACAAGCUAAAAAAGUUCUUUUUCUUCGUCGGUGGAGCCUUACCCUUACCCAUAAUUGCGCUGUGGAGGUCAAGAUGACCUUGAAACUUAUCAACCAUAAACGGGCACGCCAAGAACAAUAAAAACAAAGAUAAAGACACCUCCUUUUGAAGUAGGGCAUUAUUUGCCAAGCUGCGACAUUCCUAGUCCUGCGCUAGAGAAAUAUAACAAGGCCUCCUCAUCUACUUCAUUCUUGAAAAGUGGUAGUUCUUAACCUGGUAAAAAGCCGGAUUUGAAAAUAUCGAAGGUCCUCAAGGUACUAACAAUUGAAGGCAUCGGCAUGCGCCAAUGCCUAAUGAAGAGGAGGAUGGAACGAAACGAGAACAAUUUAGAGCCGU